GACAAGGUCCGCUCUCCUUCCUUCUGUGCUGACGCGCCGCUUCCAAUACCUUUAGCUCCGACCGCCAAUACAAUCUUACGCCAGUCGACUCUCUUUAUCGUUGAAUGAGCCGUGUGAAUACAUAACUGCCACCAUGUUGGCUGUACGCGACCAAGAAAACCUGGUCCACUCUCACCAGACCGUUGCCGCGUCGAAACCACUCAAUCAAGGCGUGAGACAUUUGCAACCCAAGACCCCCGGCGCUCGAGUACCAAAAACGCCAUUUAAAGUGCCUUUGAGGAAUGAUGAGAACGAUCCACUGGCCUUUGGGAAGAAAACCGUGAAGGGGGGGAAACAGAAGGAGAAUAUCAACUUGACUACGAAAAAUGCCUUUGUCACUCCGUCGGCAGAUCCUCGUCAGCGUGCCCCUCUUGGCAUGAAGACGACAAAUGCCAAAGCCAAGGGAUUGCAGACGCCAGCACCUCCUGGAGGGACGAUGAAGCCAGAGAGAACCAUCAAAAGAGGUUCCACCCAGAGAGCGAAGAAAUUCGCUCCCUUUGUACAGCCAAGCCAGCCGGAAGUCCAGGCGAAACCGGUAGAAGAUGAUGUCCCUGACAUUGAGUAUAUGCCGCCCAAACCCAAAGACCUUCCUGAUAUUCCGGAUGAUGUCACUUAUGAUACUACAUUUCCGCAAUUCCUGCCGAAAAACCUCGCUAGAGGGUUGGAAAGCGUGUAUGGAGAUAAUGAGGUUGGACCCGAUGGGCUCACGAAGCGCGAGCGGAAAUUUCAAGAAGACUCAGCUGCUUGCGACAGAAUGGUUGAGGAGAUGAUUCGGAAGCAAGUUGAGAGCAUUGGCUUCGAGGAAACGUACGAGACCGUUCCAGCUGAGGAGCCGCCUGCAGCAGACGCUACGCAACGCCGGAUCGAAACGCGCUCGCGAACGAGAGCGGCCAACAACAAGAAGAAACAUACCAGCAAUAUCUCCACAGUUCGAGCUCGUGAUGCUGCUGCUGCUCUGUCCGGGACACAGCGUUCUAUCCCACGCACCAGACCCGCUGUUUCGGCCAAGCCUAGGGUCACUUCUUCCUUGUUCCCGUCUAAGAGAUCAAGAGAACCGACCAAUCCGUCGAGUAUGCGGCAAACGGCCGCUGCUGCAACUUCCCAGACGACAGUGGGAUACAGUAGGGGUCGCGAAGUUUCGUCCAAGUUGCAUGGCAGGACGGCCAGUCCAACAGAGCCGGACACAGUCCCCCAAGGAAUACUAUCACCCGACACCUAUCUGCAGCCCUGUGGGACUCCACCACUGAUCGCCGACACCAUCGGGCUAGACUUGGAGAAUGCGGAGGAGGGUCUUCCAACAUUUGACGAAGAUGAGGAAGCUCAAAACUUCCAGUUAACGCUGUGACGUGUGAUGUGUGAAGAACUAAGGCGAAUACAGAGGUCUACUUCCGGCGUAUCAUAUGGGGUUCAAUGGGUUCAUGGUAGAUGAGUGGUGUUAUUUUUUUGCUUUUCCGGUCUACUUAUUUUUGUGUCGUCCAUGUUUCGUUGCGCCCGCCACUGUGUAGGUAUUCUUUUUCAGAAGAAACCCGAUAGUGUCAGCAAAACGGAGCAGUGGACCUGAAAGGGGGGCGUUAUACGGAGUAGUUAUGAUGUAUCUACGAUGGGUUACUGUGUUACUAUCCUGUUAUGACUUGACGAGUCCCACGGAAGACCCCGGCGUGGGGCUUGUCCCUAUUUGAGCAAGAAAUUGGGCUGUAUGAUUAAUGGACACGUUAUCCUCCCCGGCGGCCCU